CACCCACUGCACCCUGGAGCACUCCGAAUUCUCCUUCAUGCUGGACAACGAGGCUAUUUACGACAUCUGCCGGCGGAACCUGGACAUCGAGCGCCCCACCUACACCAACCUCAACCGCCUGCUGGUGCAGCUACUGUCGUCUAUCACCGCCUCUCUGCGCUUCGACGGCGCCCUCAACGUGGACCUGCUCGAGGUCCAAACCAACCUGGUCCCCUACACGCGCAUUCACUUCCCGCUGGUGACCCACGCGACCCUGAACUCCGCCGAGAAGGCUUACCACGAGCAACUGUCCGUGUCGGAGAUCACCAACGCCUGCUUCGAGCCGGCCAACCAGAUGCUCAAGUGCGACCCCCGCCAGGGCAAAUACAUGGCGUGCUGCAUGAUGUACCGCGGGGACGUGGUGCCCAAGGACGUCAACGCCUCCAUCGCCACCAUCAAGACCAAGCGCUCUAUUCAGUUCGUGGACUGCCCCUCCGGGUUCAAGGUAGGCAUCAACUACCAGGCCCCAACGGUGGUGCCAGGGGGCGACCUGGCUAAGGUGCAACGAGCCGUCUGCAUGCUGAGCAACACCACUGCCGUCUCCAUGGCCUGGACCCGCAUGAACCUCAAGUUCGACAAGAAUUACGCCAAGCGGGCCUUUGUCCACUGGGAAGUCGGAGAGGGUCUGGAGGAAGGGGAGUUCCAGGACGUGCGGGUGGACAUGGCGUCGCUGGAGAAGGACUACGAGGAAGUGGGCAUCGAUUCGGCGGAUCUGGACAGGAAGGCGGAAGAGCAAGAGCGAAUUUUGUUGUAUAUCUCCAUAUACCCAUAUAACAAUUACAGCAUGGAAACAGGCCAUCUCGACCCUUCUAGUCCGUGCCGAACACAUAUUCUUCCCUAGUCCCAUAUACCUGCGCUCAGACCAUAACCUUCCAUUCCCUUCCCGUCCAUAUAACUAUCCAAUUUAUUUUUAAAUGAUAAAAACGAACCUGCCUCCUCCACCUUCACUGGAAGCUCGUUCCACACAGCCACCACUCUCUGAGUAAAGAAGUCCCCCCUCAUGUUACCCCUAAACUUCAGUCCCUUCAUUCUCAAGUCAUGUCCCCUUGUUUGAAUCUUCCCUACUCUCAGUGGGAAAAGCUUUUCCACGUCAACUCUGUCUAUCCCUCUCAUCAUUUUAAAAACCUCUAUCAAGUCCCCCCUUAACCUUCUGCGCUCCAAAGAAUAAAGCCCUAACUUGUUCAACCUUUCUCUGUAACUUAGUUGCUGAAACCCAGGCAACAUUCUAGUAAAUCUCCUCUGUACUCUCUCUAUUUUGUUGACAUCCUUCCUAUAAUUACGCGACCAAAAUUGUACACCAUACUCCAGAAUUGGCCUCACCAAUGCCUUGUACAAUUUUAACAUUACAUCCCAACUUCUAUACUCAAUGCUCUGAUUUAUAAAGGCCAGCACACCAAAAGCUUUCUUUACCACCCUAUCUACAUGAGAUUCCACUUUCAGGGAAUUGUGCACAGUUAUUCCCAGAUCCCUCUGUUCACCUACAUUCUUCAAUUCCCUACCAUUUACCAUGUGCGUCCUAUUUUGAUUUGGCCUGCCAAGAUGUAGCACCUCACACUUAUGAGCAUUAAACUCCAACUGCCAUCUUUCAGCACACUCUUCCAACUGGCAUAAAUCUCUCUGUAGACUUUGAAACUCUACUUCAUUACCCGCAACCCCACCUAUCUUAGUAUCAUCUGCAUACUUACUAAUCCAAUUUACCGCACCAUCAUCCAGAUCAUUGAUGUACAUGACAAACAACAGUGGACCCAACACAGAUCCCUGUGGCACCCCACUCGUCACUGGCCUCCAACCUGACAAACAACCAUCCACCAUUACUCUCUGGCAUCUCCCAUUCAGCCACUGUUGAAUCCAUCUUGCUACUCCACCAUUAAUACCCAACCAUUGAACCUUCUUAACCAACCUUCCACGAGGAACCUUGUCAAAGGCCUUACUGAAGUCCAUAUACACAACAUCCACUGCUUUACCCUCAUCAAUUUCCCGAGUAACAUCUUCAAAAAAUUCAAGAAGAUUUGUCAAACAUGACCUUCCAGGCACAAAUCCAUGUUGACUGUUCCUAAUCAGACCCUGUUUAUCCAGAUGCUUAUAUAUAUUAUCUCUAAGUAUUCUUUCCAUUAAUUUGCCCACCACUGACGUCAAACUAACAGGUUUAUAAUUGCUAGGUUUACUCUUAGAGGUCUAUAAUUGCUAGGUUUACUCUUAGUCUCGAAAGAUUCGUUUUUUUUUAAUACUGGUGUAAAUCAAAUUUAUGAAAUUAAAUAUAUUUGAGGCAUAGUUUGGUAUUGCGUCCGACGUAAAGGCACAAUUGCUUAACGUCUAUAGUUUCAAACCGUGGAAACAAACCCUUCGGCACAACGUCCAUGCCCACCAUGCCGCCGCAACUCUGCUCAUCCAAUUUGCCCACGUUUGGCGCAUAUCAAUCUAUCCAAUUCUUCGACAUGAAACUGCACACAUAUCCUUUAAAUGCUAAAUGUUUAAAUGUCUCUCC